AUGGUGAACGAAACGACGUGUAAUGACACGAAAGUUGCGUGUCUGAAUUUAGGUGAAGCUGCGCUCACCAUAUCAUCAAUGUUGACUGUUAUGUUGGUGAGUUAUUUUUUGCCCGGGUUACCGUAGAUCUGUCUCACAUCAUUUCCAAAUCAAAUUAAGGUUUUCACCUGUCUCUCACUAUUUUCAUUAUAAAAGUCAUGCAUAUUUCUUUCUCAUAUUUUUCAUUCUGCAAAAAAUCAGGUGCAUGAAUAAAAAAUAUAAUAACAAUAAGCAGAAGGUUAACUGGAUCAUAAUAAAGAUUUUUUGGAAGAGGUCAUUUGAUUGAUGAAUAUGAAAAAACAAAGAGUGCGAAUUUUGAAAAAUAAAAUAAAAUGAAAUGAAAACUAAUAACAAGAGGACAAGAAAAUAUGAAAUUUUUUGUAAAAGGAGCAAAAAAACAAAAUAUCUCUUUUCAGAUAAUCAUAUUUGGUAACUUGUUAGUUGUGAUAACUGUGUAUCGCGAUCGCAAGUUACGAAUGCAACGUCAAAAUUGGUUGAUUGUUAGUUUGGCAGUGGCUGAUAUGUUGGUUGGAUUAUUAGUAAUGCCACUUACACUAACUUAUGAAAUUCUUGGUGAAUGGACGUUAGGAGAUUAUCUUUGCGAAAUUUAUUUGGCGCUAGAUGUAUUGUUUGUCACUGCAUCAAUUUUGCAUAUCUGCGCAAUUUCGCUUGACCGAUAUUUUUCAGUCACUGCUCCUUUAACAUAUCCAGCAACAAGAACACCAUUAAGAAUGUCAAUUUAUAUAGGUUAGUUUGAAAAAUGUUGAAAAUUCCAGAUGAUUUUUGAAAUAUACUAUAUUCUAGGCGUCUCUUGGAUUGUAUCAUUAAUUAUUUGUUUGCCACCAAUUUUGGGUUGGAAAGGAGAUCGAAAACCAAAUGAGUGCACUGUUAGUGAAGAAUUGGGAUAUGUUAUCUAUUCUUCAUUUGGCUCAUUUUUCAUUCCUGUUAUUAUACUUGUAAUUGUUUAUGCAAAAAUCUACAGUAUAACAAUUCGACACAGUCGACAAAGACUGAAGGAAACUGAAAGAAGAGAUCAUACUUUGAAUAUGUUGACAAUGAAAACUGGAACUAAUGGUGAGCAAAACAACAUUGUGUGCAAAACUUAUUUGCAGUCCCAUUUCAGCUCACCCACGUUUUGAAUGUCUGAUUUAAGAAUCUAUUUAAAAAUGUAGAAUUCAUUCUUUGACCUUUCAUUGAAACAAGGAAGAAAAUGGCAUCAUUUUGUUUGCCAGAAAAAAAUGAGAACAGAAAGAAAAACGUGGAAAAAUACAGAUACUCAUUUCCUCUGAAUUUUAAAACAUCACUCAUCAAUUAUUUAGCGCAAAAUUCAAUUCAUUUCGAAAUUUUUUGGCGUUUGCAUACUAAAUGAAUAUUUUUUGCAGAACGCUACAAUAUGGAGUAUGAGUUGGAAGAUAAUUCAGAUCCGGCUGAUGAAAAAACAACAAACGGACAAACAAACACAGCAACUACAACAAAUCGUGAUGUUAUUAAUAAAGUUUGCUGGCAAUUAAGAAAAAUAUCUGAAGAACUUCCAAGACAAGGUGUCAAAUUAUCAUUGGAUGCAAAUCACAAUAGUCCAACAAGCUCAGAAUUGGCUAGAAAAAUGGAACAAAAAGGGUUUAGUGAAAAGCGAAAAAGAAAGCUGAAGGCAAAAGAAAGACAAGCUACACUUCUUCUUGGAAUCAUUCUAAGCGCCUUUAUUUUGAGUUGGCUACCAUUUUUCGUAAGUUAUUUAUCCAGAAAAUAUGAUCAUUUAAUAUUCACAAAUGAUUUUUCAGCUCAUGUAUGUCCUCGGUGCAUUUGGCGUAGGAGUAAAUGAUUUACUCUUCAAAAUAUUCUUCUGGCUUGGUUACUGUACGUUUUUUUCGAAAAAUGUUCGAAAUUAUUUCUCAUAUUAUUUUUUCAGGUAACUCUGGAAUCAAUCCGGUUAUUUAUACAGUUUUCAACCGAGAAUUCAAACGAGGACUUUGUAAACAACUUCACAAAUUUGAGCGAUUUGUUCACCCAUUGAUGGAAUUCUAUAAAUGA